GAACCUGAGAGGCAUCUCUGAGCGCGUGGUUGGUCGACGCGAGGCCUUGCAAAGUUCUAUUGAGGAAAAUAUUCGCACAAAACUUAAUGUUUUAAGUGAACACAAUUGUUUAAGAAGACGUUAAUUUCACAAUGGAGGAUCAAGUGGAAGUAAGCUCAACGACGCCUUCCGAUGACGCUUUCAAAUUUCACCAGGAAGACCUGUAUGGAACAGAGAGUUCUGGUGUAGUUUUGGAUGAUGCACCCACGAAUUUUGUUCCUGACACAACUUUUGAUGACGACGAUAUCUUAGAUUUGGCCGGGGGAGCGAAGGAUGCUAUUGAGCGCCACAGGUCCACGUUGCCACGUAAUGAGAACCCAAUCAUGGACUCGUUUUCAGACUUCACCAGGCCCGAACCUGAACCUUCUGCUCCGGAACAGGAGGUGGAGAAACCAGGGCUAAUCAGCUUUGAAGAUGCAAGUAGUGAAGAACAGUCAAAAGCAGAGGAUGUUUCCGAAACAAUAGAAAAAAUUACCCCAAAGUCAACCACGUCGGACCAGUCUAAAUCAUCUUCAUUGGAAGACCUCCUGCACUGGCGUGACUUCCAGCGGACAGCGGUGGUGUUUGGUGCCAGCCUGUUCCUGCUUCUGUCCCUGAGCACCUGUAGCAUUGUCAGUGUGUGCGCCUACAUUUCUCUAGCCCUUCUGUCCGUCACCAUCUCUUUCAGGAUAUACAAAGGCAUCCUGCAGGCUGUGCAGAAGUCUGAAGAUGGCCACCCAUUUAAGAUGUACUUGGAUCAGGACAUCGCCCUGCCUGCGGAGACAGUGCAUACAUACAGUGAUAAGGCUCUGGUGCAUGUGAACAGAUGCCUGAAGGAGCUGCGACAUCUCUUCCUGGUGGAGGACCUGGUGGACUCUCUGAAGUUUGCUGUCCUCAUGUGGAUCUGCACCUACAUCGGUGCCUUGUUCAAUGGUCUAACCCUCAUCAUCCUUGGCUUUAUUGGAGCUUUCACUUGGCCAGUUGUGUAUGAUAAAUAUCAGAAAGAAAUCGACCAUUACUAUGAUCUGGUCAAAAAGCAUACCAAAGACAUAUGUGGAAAGAUUCAGGCCAAGAUUCCUGGUGCAAAGCCCAAGGCGGAAUGAGGAAGUGAAGCAGGCUUGUCUGUAUGAGAUCGGAGGUGUGUGUGUGCAGGAGUGGGGGAUGUACACUUGCUGGUUGGGAGAUGGUUUGAUUUUUUUUUUUCUUUCUUUUUUUUUUUUUUGAGAAAAAGGCCUUAGAUGUUGCAAUGUAAACCAUUAUUAUUAUUAUUAUUUCUAUUCUCACGAUGAUCCCCCCCCCAAAUUUUUGGAAAUAUUGGCGUCACAGUGAACUUGACCAUGUUGUUAUCGUGUCACCAGUUGCUCACACAAGCUAAGUCACUGUUUGUUGAAAUUAAAGCUCUUUUUUGUUUUUUUGUUUCUCCUGUUCAUGUUGAGAAUUAAACAUAUGCUUCGUGACACCUUUAGCAAAUGUGAUUUUGAAGUAUUCAAUAUGGUGAGGGAUGUUUGCGUAAAUUGUAUCAAACUGGAUUGAAGUGAUUUUUUGGUACGUUUUUAAUUCUGUUUGUACAUUUUUGUUUUUUUGUUUUGCAAUAGGAGGCAAUGUAAUUUCUCUUUUUUUCCCCCCACAUUGUUCCCCCCUGUUAAUUCUUAUUUCAAAGGGAAUACAGCUUGAGUAGAAUAACCAGAUGCCAUCUAAAGAAGUGUUGUUUUUAGUUUGUAGUAGGGUUUUUUUUUUUUUUUUGCUUUGAGAGGACACUUAAUCCUGUGGUGUAACUGUUUAAAGUGACUUUUUUUUUUUUUUUUUUGGUUGUGUGAAAGAAGCUUCUAGUUCUCUGUAGCAGCUUGUGUAGGAUCUGGGCAUUUUUUCCUUUUUUUUUGUUUUCCUCAUUUGUUUUUCUCAGCUGUGUUUUCAAAAGAGAUUUUUUGUUACACCCUGUUCUUUUUGUGAUUCUAAUCAAUGUUUUUAGAGGCUAUAGCGUGAAGGAGAAGUCAGAGGUUGAAUGUUGUGUAACUUCAUGUAAUUUCAUCAGUGUCAGCUGCCUAGUGAUUUAAAAAAAAAAAAAAAAAAGAAAAGAAAAAGAAAAGGAAAAAAACAAAAAAAACAAAACUUUACACAAAACAGUCACUGUCUCCUAUGAGGACCGAAUAUGUGAAACAACAAAAUUCCUUUUAAAUCCAGCAAACUUCAAGCACUGGUUUGUCAUGCAGGUCAUUGUAAAUGAUCAUUCAUGAAGUUUUUCUGAUGAAUUCUACUGAGGGCUGUCUGUGGAACUUUGUGAAAUUAAAGAAAAAAACAAAACAAAAACAAGUACCAAUAAAGCUUGUAGACAAAUAA